AUGGAGGUGGAGCAAAAAAUACAAGACGACGAUCGAUGGGUGCACGACUCGUCCGUCGACCGGAAAGGAAGAAUCCCUCUCCGUGCUAAGACCGGUGCAUGGAAGUCCUCCCUUUUCAUCAUAGUGAUUGAGUUUAGUGAGAGGUUGAGCUACUUUGGCAUAGCCACAAGCUUGAUCAUAUACCUUACGAAGGUAAUCGGACUAGACUUGAAAACGGCCGCAAGGAACGUCAACUAUUGGUCGGGCGUCACCACAAUGAUGCCCUUAAUCGGCGGAUUUCUUGCCGACUCUUACCUCGGCCGGUUUCGGGCCGUUUUAGCCUCCUCCAUUAUAUACCUCGUGGGGUUGUUAGUGAUGACCUUGUCGCGUGUGGUCCCGGGGCUUAAGCGCUGCUCGGGAGGCGUCGACACGUGUCCCGCGGCUCGGGACAUCCAUGUGGCGUUCUUCUUUCUUGCGCUUUACUUGAUCUCGAUCGGGACAGGCGGGCACAAGCCGUCGCUCGAGAGCUUCGGUGCCGACCAAUUUGACGACGACCACCCGGGGGAGCGGAGGGAAAAGAUGUCGUUUUUUAAUUGGUGGAACUCGGGGCUUUGUGCCGGGGUGUUACUCGGGGUGACCGUGAUCGUCUACGUGCAAGACCACGUGAGUUGGGCUGCGGCCGAUGUCACCCUCACGGUUGUGAUGGGUCUUUCAGUGGUGAUCUUUUGGGCCGGACGGCCGUUCUACCGCUUUCGGAGGCCCACGGGUAGCCCAUUCACGCCGCUUGCACGGGUGGUUGUUGCAGCUUUUGUCAAGAGGAAGCUUCCGUGUCCGUCGGGAAGUGAUGGGCUUUAUGAGGUUCCGAAUAGGGACAAGGCGGCUCGUGGGAGGCUCCUCGUUCGCACGGAUCGACUCAAGUUCCUCGACAAGGCCGCCAUAAUCGAGCACGACGACCACAACCCGACCACCCACAACCCGAACCCUUGGCGACUAGCAACCGUGACCCAAGUUGAGGAAAUGAAGCUCGUCCUCAACGUAAUCCCCACAUGGUUCGCUACCAUGCCCUUCGCCAUAAGCCUUGCCCAAGGCACCACUUUCUUCAUCAAGCAAGGCACGACCCUCGACCGCCACCUCGGCCCCGACUUCAUCCUCCCGCCCGCCUCAAUUUUCGGCCUUGCCGCAAUCAGCAUGAUCGCCAUGAUCACAAUUUAUGAUUAUGCCCUUGAGCCCCUCGCCCGCAAAAUCACGGGCCGCGAGAGGGGCAUUACCGUCCUACAAAGAAUCGGCAUCGGCAUGGCCAUAUGCAUCCUCACCAUGUCGGUGGCGGCAGUAGUCGAGCGGCGUCGACUCGACUUUCUCCGGCAACACGGGUCAUCGGCCUCGAUGAGCGUUUUUUGGCUGGCGCCGCAGUUUUUGCUCUACGGUAUAGGGGACGGUUUCGCGAUCGUCGGUCUUCAAGAGUUUUUUUACGACCAAGUCCCCGACUCGAUGAGGAGCCUCGGGAUCGCGUUGUAUCUAAGCGUUUUGGGGGUCGCAAAUUUCUUGAGCAGCUUGUUGAUAACGGUGGUCGAUCGGGUGAGUGGAAAUGUCGGGAAGAGUUGGUUUGGGAAGGAUUUGAAUAGUAGUCGGAUCGACUAUUUUUACUGGCUCUUGGCCGGGAUAACGGCUUUGGAUGUUUGCGUUUUUGCGGUUAUUGCUAGCCGGUACACGUACAAGAAUGUGAGCCGGACGGGGAAGAAUGCCGUGGCAGAUUGUUAUGAAGGGGAUGGUGAUGGAGUUGAAGCUAUGGCUUGA